UGUAUGUUGUGCAAUAUCACGCUGGUGUUUUUAAACCUGUGUGAAGGGCAUAUGAGGCAAAGGAUGCCUGUUACACUAUUGGAUAGGAAGUUUUGAGUGGUUUUAAACGUUUUAUUUUCUGUGGAGUUUGUGUUACAGGAUGAUCGACCACUUAGACAAGAUGUUUAAAGGAGAGGAGUGGAACAUUUCUUUUGCUGGCUGUGGCUUCAGUAGUCUUUAUUACCUGGGAGCCUUGAGCUGUAUUCUGGAGCACGCGCCGCAUCUGGUUCGCCUUGCGUCGAAGAUCGGUGGCGCGUCUUCGGGUUGUUUAGUCGCAGCCUGUCUCGUAGUUGGAAUUCCCAUUGAGACCUGCUGUGAGUAUGUGAUGUCCAUGGCUCUAGCGGCGCGCAGGCACCAGCUCAGCGUCCUCCACCCGGCGUUCAGCCUCCUGGGGGGGGUGCAGGACUCCUUGCUCCGCUACCUGCCCCCCGAUGCCCACCUCUGGGCCUCCGGGAGGCUCUGCGUGUCCCUCACCAGGCUCUCCGACGGAGAGAACCUUCUGGUCACAGAGUUUGACAACAGGGAGGAACUCAUUCAGGUACUCCUGUGUAGUUGCUUCUUCCCCCUGUAUUGUGGCGUGACCCCUCCAUCGUACCGUGGAGUGCGCUACAUGGACGGGGCCCUGAGCAACAACAUGCCGCUGCACGACCAGAGGAACACCAUCACCGUGUCCCCGUUCUGCGGGGAGGCGGACAUCUGCCCCCGGGAGGGCGGCCUGGGCGUGCUGGCCGUGCACUACGGUAACCUGGGCAUCCGGGUCAGCCAGCUCAACGUGAAGCGCAUCUACAGGUCCUUCUUCCCCCCGGAGCCGGCGGAGUUGGCAGAGAUGAGUCACAAUGGCUACAUGGAUGCUCUUCGUUUCUUGAGAAGAAAUGAUCACCUUGGAGCGGAAUACUUAUCUUGGUCUAUGCCGAUGGCGAAACCCCCAACCAAACCAGUGUGCUGUGCUGGACAGACACCAGAAAAGGACAGCCAGGUGUCAAAGGUGUCGCAGUCCCACUGGUGGCUGGAGCAGAACGCGGCCCAAAGCCUGCCAGCAAGCAUCCAAAAGGUGCUGUGUAAGGCGUGUAGAGAGAGCCAUUAUGCUGGCAGUGCUGGCAGUCAGGGGAUGGCGCCCCCUCUGGUCAGACUGUUGUGCUUCCUGCUGAUUCCCUUCACGUGGUCGGUGGAGCUGAUCGUCUCACUCAUCAGUGUGAUGAUGUUAGGCUGGAAAUUGAUGUGCAGUCUGAUGAUGUCGUCUGGAACGAAAACACCAAAAGAUCUGGGGCCACGGGAGCAUGCAUGGCAGACGUUUUGCUCCAGACCCGAGCCGCCGCCUUCCCCUGGAGCUGAGGAUAUUGGGUCGCACUGACAGGAGGAAAGAAACUUCAAUUCCUGCACCCUCUCCAAGGACCUCAACAUCCUUUCCCUACUGGACCAAGCACCUUGAAAGGCCAGUCGUCGUCGCCGCCACUGCUGCUUCUGCUGCUGCGGCUGCAGCAGCAGCAGUUGCCGCCGCCGCCGCCGCCGCCGCCGCCGCCGCCCCGAUGUCAGGGAUCUGGUCGGCAAACGACUGGGUCAUCCACUGUCCGUCUGGGAGCUGGCCUUCUGCCCCGCCCGCCGCUUGGGACGUGGUGGCCUUCUCUGCAGCUUCUGGACAACAGAUGGAGACACACCUGCAAUGUCAGUCAGCUCUCCUUUUCCCCACGUCGUGUUCUCAUUCAUCUGCUCAAACUACACCUCGUAUGAAAGCUGAUGCACUCACUCUGGGUGACCUUAACACGAUCAAGAAGCAACGUUUUAGUUACUACCACAAAAUAUUAAUGAAAUAUGAUCACAUAAAACCACCAUAAUAAGAUAAUCCAGUAUACUGGCACACUUGGAAUACUAAAACGGUAUUUACAAUCAUUUAUUGUAGAUAAGAGGGUUUCACCAAGGAAUUAGUGUGCCUUGAAUAAAACACAUGGUCUUUAUCGAUGUCUUGUGGCCCUAGGGUGCGAUUGAAAUGGUGUCUUGCUAUUCUCAUUGCCCUGACCUUUCAAUAGAAAUUGUAUGGUACUUUUCGCAUUUGUCUGCAUUGCAUUUGUUUGCCUAAACCUACCUCUAUAUUUGCUGUACUUCCCAUUAUUGGCAACAAGCCUUGACCCAGCUGGUUUUCAUUAUAUUGCUUUGAGUACUUCAUGCCGUUUUACCACUGUACUGGUCGUUUAUGUUUUGAAAAUUAGUUUCAAAUGAUUGAAAUGUGACAGUCUACCAAGUAAAGAUUACAAUACAAUCAAA